AUGGUUCAGCCCGUCCUGGGUACUCCGCUGGGGGCUGGGGAGGAUGGAGCUGGUGGCGGAGAUGCUGGAGGUCUUGGGGCAGCCUUAUGUGGUAAGCCCCUGGUGGUUUUACUCCUGUCGGGCCCUCAGGGGACACCUGCCCAGGCUGUGGCUAUGGAAGCCUUCCAGCAGGCCCUGGCCUCUCGGGACCUGGGCAGGGCUCUGAGCCUGCUGGAGCUGUAUGGACAGGGCUGCAGCCAGGAGAGGGUGCUCCGAGACAGACUACUAGCCUGGGCUGCUCUGGAGGAUGGCGAAGACAGCAUAGGCCAGUUGUUCAGAGUACAGGACCCAUGUCUGAGGGCCCGUGUGGCCUUACAGGCCCUGGAGCGCUGGCCCCUCGGGCCCUCUCUGGAGCUGAUGGAGUUUUGCCUCAACAACCCCCACGUGGAGGCCUCUCUCAGGGGAGAGCUGGAGCUCAGGAAGACGGAGCUGGACAUCUAUCAACGG